CAAUUAUGUUGCUAUAUCUGAUGCUCUUGGUGUUUCUUCAUCAGUAUUAGCAGCUGGACUUGCUGCGGAUAAUGCAAUUUGUGCAGCGUAUUUUGCAACAUUGUUUGCGUUAGCAUCUCAAGUACCUCCUGAACCAACGACGUUUAACGAUGCUACGGAGCAUCAAAUUUGGAUAUAUCCCACAACUUGUAGCAAAUGGCAAUGCCUAGAGCUCUGAAGAUGAUUUUCUUGUUAACUUUUGUGCUAUGGCUGUGGCUUUGGAUUAUGUUGCCCACAAAGCUUUACAAGAACACUUGGACCCCAAAGCUCAAGAUGGAACUGAACUCCACAUAUUUUAGAGAACAAGGCACAAAUCUUCUACUUUUCUCAUUUCCCAUCAUGUUCAUGGCAGUUUUGGGUUGUUUUUAUCUCCAUUUGCAGAAGAAUUCUUCAGAAGAUUCUAAACCCUUUUCUACCCAAAGGAGCCGAGGAGAUUCAUUUCUGAAACGACCAAUUCUGGCAAUGAAUCCUCUGGGGAUUGUUAAUACAUUGGAGAUCGGGUUCGCAGCUGCAUUUGUUAUACUUUUGAUUUGGUCUCUUGGAAAUUACUUAUACGUCAGUUUUGGCAAUCUUCACAUGCAUGGAGCUGGCGAGAAAAUUUGGGAAGCCAAGUUUAGAAGUGUAUCACUGAGACUUGGGUACAUUGGACAUAUAUGCUGGGCAUUUCUGUUCUUUCCAGUCACAAGAGGGUCUUCAUUAUUGCCUCUAAUUGGACUCACAUCUGAAUCAACCAUCAAAUACCACAUCUGGCUUGGCCACAUUUCUAAUCUUCUCUUUGCAUUACACACCGUUGGAUUCAUCAUCUACUGGGGGAUCACAGAUCAAAUGGCUUUGUUGAAAGAAUGGAGUGAAGUCUAUGUAUCAAAUGUUGCUGGACUGAUUGCUAUGGCAAUUGCCACUGUUAUCUGGGUGACAAGUUUUCGUUCGAUUCGUCAAAAAAUGUUCGAAGUUUUCUUUUACAGUCACCAUUUGUACACUCUCUACACUGUCUUUUAUCUAAUCCACGUCGGAGCUGCAUAUGUAUGCAUGAUUCUUCCUGGAAUGUUUCUCUUUGCAAUUGAUCGAUUCUUACGAUUCUUACAAUCGCAAUGGCAUGUAAGCCUGGUUUCUGCUCGCCAUCUUCCUUGUGGUGUCGUUGAACUAAACCUCUUGAAAAGUCCAGAACUAAGCUACAGUCCAACAAGUGUGAUGUUCCUAAAUGUGCCAAGCAUUUCCAAACUGCAGUGGCAUCCCUUCACGAUCACUUCUAACAGCAAAUUGGAGCCUGAUAUAGUGAGUGUUGUUAGCAAAGUAGGGGGAAGCUGGACUUCCAAACUUCACCAACAACUUUCUUCUUCUCUGGAUCACCUUCAAGUUUCUGUUGAAGGUCCAUAUGGGCCUGCUUCCACUCACUUUUUAAGGCAUGAAUCUCUGCUGCUGAUAAGUGGAGGAAGCGGAAUUACUCCCUUCAUUUCGAUAAUCAGAGAGAUAAUGAUUGUUCGAAGCACAAAACCGGACUGUCAUGUUCCGCAAGUGCGCCUCAUCUGCGCCUUCAAGAACUCCAUGGAUCUCACCAUGCUGGAUCUCUUGCUUCCAGUAUCUAGCACACAAACAGAAAUUUCCAAUGUACCAUUACAGAUUGAAGCUUAUAUCACCAGAGAGGAAGAACCGCCUCAAACAAAUGAGGAAAAUCUUGUAAACACAAUAUGGUUUAAGCCAAACCCACUGGACUCACCAGUGUCAGAGGCUCUUGGACCAAACCAUUGGCUGCUCCUUGGCGCAGUCAUCUCAUCUUCGUUCGUGAUGUUCUUGAUUCUCUUAGGCAUCAUCACUCGCUACUACAUAUACCCAAUUGAACGAAAUGGUGAUGCGGUUUACAAUUACACCUACAAGGUUCUUUGGGACAUGUUCCUUGCACUUGCUUGUAUUUGCAUAUCUUCUAGCUUGGUCCUUGUGUGGCAAAGGAAAACAUAUGUUUCAAACAAACGAGUCCAAGUUCUCAGUGUUCAAUCACCAAAAGCAUCACCUGGGUCAUGGAUUUAUGGAGGAGAGAGAGAGCUUGAGAGCAGUCCCUACCAAUCCCUUGUUCAAGCGACCAACAUCCAUUAUGGGAGCAGGCCUGAUCUCAAGAAAAUUCUGCUGGACUGCAAAGGAUCUGAUAUUGGAGUUUUGGUCAGCGGCCCAACCAGGUUGCGGCAUGACGUAGCAAAAAUCUGUUCAACUGCUUGUGGAGAUAAUCUAAAGUUUCACGCUCUGAGUUUCACCUGGUAAAAACUUGGAAGAACAUUGCUGAAUUUAAAGUUCAAAUUUGUGUCAAUACCGUAUAUGAACGUGUUGGAUUGUGAAGUAAAAAAGUUGAUGUUCUUGUAUUCUCGUCUUUUCUUGUGUUCAUUCAAGUAAGCCAACGUAUUCUGAAUUAA